CCGAUGCUGUUGACGUUACCUGAUCGACACAGCGGCUAUUUCGGUCUAGAAUUGCAUUCUUUCUCAGAACAUGCUGGAAGUAAACGCUUCGAAAUAAACCCACAGAAGAAGAAACGCUUCGAAAUCAGUACGUUGCUAUAAUUACAGAAGUAGCCUACGCUAAAAAAGUGAAGUGGUCGCGUCUGCUUUGCUAUCAUUAAUUUUUCUUAGGCCUGUUACUUCAAGGCUUACUUUUAUCUCUGUAACGCGUGUAGUUUGUAAUGUGACCGGGCUCGAGAUGUGUGAUCUGGCGGUUCUGACAGUGCGUCUGGUUCGGUCUUUUGAGCAUCGCAACUUUAAACCGGUGGUUUACAAAGACGUUAAUUUAGAUCAGACGGUGGAGGAGUUUAUUACAUUUGUUACGCAAGAUGUUUCAACAAGAGCUGGAUUGCCUCCACCCUUUAAGAAGUUUGACUAUGAUACAAUGAAAAUCAUACACCAGCCACAUGGAGCAAAGACGAAUGAGCUGGUAAUGAGUUUAGAGGACGAUGAAACAUUGAUUCUUCGUGAUGGCUGCAGGUUAAGAGCAUGUGGUGUUGCCAAUGAGACAGAACUUGCCUUCUUCAAAAUGGCAGACUAUGAAAAGUUCAAGGCCAAUCCACAGACAGAAUGGUGAUGACAAUCAGGAUGCAACACAAGAGGUCUUGGAGUAUAUAUUCAUCAGAGGCACUUCUUUUCAGCUGUGACGAGCAAUUGAUCUCUUCAAGUUGGAUCAAAACAUCUAUUUUAAUUUCAUUUAUAGCUAUACUUUUAUAUUUAUUUUUACCAUUCAAAAACCUUCAGCAUUGUUUCUGAUGUACACGUUUGACAAACUUUGAAGGGAGAUGUUGUCACAGAAUAAUUAUUUUCUUGGGUAUUAAUACUGUGAAUUUCUGCGCAAAAAUGUUUAUUUUUUAUUUUUUGUUUUAUUUACAACCAAUCGGAUACCAGAUAUCUAAUUUUAUUUAAAUGUCACCUUGGAAGUUGAUUUUCAUUUUGUUAAAUAAAGUUGAAUGUAUAAAUCAUGCUUUCACAACACCAAAAA